UGUGUCACAAUGUUGCGUCUUCUCACUUUGUUCAGCGUCAUUGUACUUGUCGGAGUUAAAGGUUCACCAGGAAACGUCGACACAAUAAAUGGUGGCAGAAUAGUGAACGGAACUGAUGCGACGCCAGGACAAUUUCCAUUUCAGAUUUCGCUGCAGUACGAUUAUGAGCACGUGUGUGGCGGAACUAUCCUCAGCAGUAAAUGGAUUCUGACAGCUGCUCAUUGCGUUGAGGAUGAGGUAGCGAUAUACUACAGUGUGCUUGCGGGAACGAACGUGCUGUCCAAAGGGGGCGAGAGAAGACACGUUCUCCGGUACAAGAUCCACCCGAACUACGACCCGGAAAACUACGAGAACGACAUCGCUGUCCUGGAGCUGGAAAGUCACCUGUCUAUGACUGGAUACGUGGCUGUCGUCACCCUGCCUUCCCAGACACAAAUCACAGAUGGAGGCCUUCCGAGCACGGUGAUUGGCUGGGGACAUCGGUUUACUGGAGGACCGACCAGCGACACCCUGAAGAUGGUCAAAAUCGUGACAAUAUCUGAUGAAGAAUGCUACGAAAUACUGACAGGAUACGUGAAACCCAGUAACAUCUGUGCCGGAGUUCCCGGCGGUGGUAAAGGACACUGCAGUGGUGAUUCUGGAGGUCCUCUAAUUGCGAAUAAUUAUCAGGUGGGUAUCGUCUCGUGGUCCGUCAAGCCCUGCACUCAGCCACCAUACCCAGGGGUGUACACAGAAGUCGCGUACUACGUUGACUGGAUCAAAACAGUCACCAACGUCUGACAGACGAACUACUGAAGAAAGUUUUGUGUGGAGUAUCAAUUAUACCAGAACCUGAUAUCUGAAGUUUAUGUAACAUCUGUAUUUAAUAUAAUCUAUAGGCAAAAAUUCUUGAACAGAAAGGCAAUAACUUCACGAAUUCACUAUUCAGUGCGUCACUCUAUUAUAUUAAGGAGCCUUAUAAUUUGUACACUUCGCUAUGCACAAUUCUGUGAUUAAAUCAAGAAUAAAAUCUAUGAGA